AUGGACAGCAGUGAUGUUUUGGCAAAGUAUUUCUGUGGAGACAGCCGAGGCUAUUUCUACAGAGAGAAGACGUUUGAGGGGACUGAUGAGGAGUAUCUUGAGGCGAAGAGACGAUCGGCGACUGUGUUUGUGUCGAAUGUGUGUGCGUUAGUGCGCGAGGAGAGAAUAUGGGAGUUGUUUUUGCUGUGUGGACGGGUCCGCAGAGUGAUAAUGGGGCUGAACAGGAACACACUGCGCUUUUGCGGGUUUUGCUUUGUCGAGUUCUAUGCCAGGGAGUCUGCAGAUGCAGCAGUAAGGUAUUUGAACGGGUUCAGGCUUGAGCAAAGCCCACUGUCGAUCGACAAGGACUAUGGAUUUGUGGAUGGCAGGCAGUACGGAAGGGGAAUGUUUGGAGGGCGAGUUAAGCAAGACAAACUAUAUGUAGAAGACAUGCACCACAGGGACGUGAAGAGAGGCAAGUACAUAAGGCGGCAGAGAUGA